CAAUUGAAACAGAAUUCCUCUCAUUAAAUUCACAAAGAAACAAGACUUUAAUACUAAAAUUUAGCAGUUAUGCACAAAAAUACAGAAAACCUUUAAGCAUUUUAAAUUAUUUUAAAAUUUGACCUUUUUGACAAAAAUGUACAUGGUAAUGUAUGACUUUUUUUUCUUCCAUUUUUGGACAUCUCAAAAUCUGUUUUCUGUCAUUUUUGACAGAGUGAGUGAGUAGUUACCUUGGUACUUAGUUAAUUUGGUAAGAAAUCUUGUGUCUUUUUUUCAAGUCAUUUGUUGCCCUCUCUUGCCCCUGCGUAUAGCCGGCCCCAUUACAUCGUGUUUUUGUGAGAACAAGUGUCUUAGUCCGCAUGGUGUCCCGUUAGCGUUCACAGUCAAAACAUUGUCUGUUUCAAACGUGCUGCUCCUGAACGCACCCCUCGCAUGUUCUCUCAGCGGUACAUUUGGAUUGGACAGACUGCUAGCAUCGUUGAGGAAAAUGGGAGACGACUUGGGUGACGAGUGGUGGACCCACGAGGGCAAUACAGAUGUGUCUGAGGCAGAGGAGGAGACACAACAAGAGAAACCGCCAACAGAAAAAUCAAACACAAAGACAAAAUCGGAGAAAAGAAAGGCUGUAACAGAGAGAACAGUUAACGCCAAGAAGAAGAAAAAGAAUGAACAGAAAGAGUGUAUUAUCCCUCAGAAGAAAGAGACUGAAGAUGAAAAAUCAUCGAAACCCAAAAGAAAGAGGAAGAAAAAGAAGACGAUCACAGAUGUCUUGUCCACUUCGGAGCCAAAGCCAGGCUGUCCCGCAGACCUGCAGAAUGUGGUUACUCAACACUUCUCAGACAAGCUCUCUGUCAUCGAGCAGGAGGAGUUGAAAUUGCUGGACUCCAGCUUCCUGACCAGUAAUGACUUGACGCACACCCUCUCCUCCUAUCUAAAACAGGUUUGUCCCAAGUGGUCGAAAAUUCAUAAGCAGCACACGGAAAAGAGUUCUGUGGUCCUGCUCAUCGUCUGUAGCUCGGCUCUCCGAACCAUUGAGCUCAUCAAGCAGCUGACGGCCUUCAAGGGUGAAGCCAAAGCACUAAAACUUUUUGCAAAACAUAUCAAGAUCGAGGAGCAGGUGAAGCUGCUGCAAAAAGGCGUCACCCACAUCGGAGUGGGGACACCUGGCAGGAUCAGCGCUCUCAUUGAGAAAGAGGGUUUGAGCUUGCAGGCGUUGAGGUACUUGGUUCUGGACUGGAACUGGAGGGACCAGAAGCUACGAAGGAUGGUGGAUGUUCCUGAGGUGAAGCUGGACGUUAUGAAGCUGCUGGAGAGCGGUAUCCUGAACCAUUGUAAAGAAGACAAAGUCAAAAUUGGACUAUUUUAACUGCACAUUGCUGUGUGCUGAUUAUAGACACAGAGCCUUGAUGUUUAAAGCUACAUACUGAUGUUCCUCACUCCAUGCUGAGGGGCCUCAUCCUGUUUGUUUUCCCUUUGUGUCAGUGUGAAAUCUGCGCUGUGUUUUUUACUAUUUUCAGAGACCGUGUCAAAUGUGCGGUGUUGUUUGUUCGCUGUUGUUGUCCAACGCGACGUCCCAGUGUGAUGGAUUGAAUAAACGGACUCAGAAUGAAA